CAGAUGAUGAGAGUGGGUCAUCAGCUGCAGACAGUCAGGUGUGGUCGGCGGAGAGACAUUCCGACCAGAGCGGUGAUCCAGCGGGACUUCACCGGGACAGAGACACCGUCUACCGCGGAUCCGUCAACAUGACCCACCGGACGGGCACCGAGUACACGAGACGACCGCGCACCUUUUAAACCUGGACUAAAGAGGAGAGAAGUGAGACCCUCUCUGUGUAAUGAAACAGGGAAUGGUCAACUUUUUACCCAACCACCAGAGGAACUGAAGUGACAUUAAGGGAUCAACUCAAAGGAACCUCAGCAGAUGUAACCACUACUGCACCGCCUCGAAAAGAGGAACAUCUCUGUUUCUCACUUCUUUUAAAAAAGGGAUGGAGUUAAUGAGGGAGCAGAGGAGGAGUUCAGGGCAAUAACUGGAUUUACAAUCACUUAUCACGUCACCCACUCAUUUGGCUGACAGAGCAACAACCACCAAACGUCUGAUCCCUCCAUCAUGGAGCCUUAGAUGAGUGAGUGUCAGUGUUUAGAUGCGUAGAGCUCAGUGAAGACGUGACGCUCAGUGUGGGAGUGCAUCCAAGGGACGAAGGAGGGAGUGUCCACGCUGCACUGACACACUGUGGAUGUCAAAAUUGAUGAGUCGUCACAAGUUGGAAAUCCCCUGAAGGAGUUUCAUUGGGUGGAACUGGAACUAAGGUGGAACCACGCGGCCGGUCGUAGCCGUCAAGCAUGAAUCAUAACUGCAGCGCUCUGAAGAAAUGUUCCAUGUUCUGCCGGCUGCUGUGGUUUCACUUUGAAACCAAAGAGACUGAUGUGAACAUCUGAACUGAAACUCAAACUAAACCGUGCAGAGAAUCAACUGGAAAUGUUCUCUCGUUGGAACGGGAACGCCUGGGAUUUCUGGACAAACUCCUGCGCUGCUCUGAGCUCGUAGCAUCGGGAGGUGGAACAAACAAACGACAGGAACAGGAGCAGGAACAUCACCUCCUCCUAUGAAACUGAUUUUACUUGGAAAUUCAGUCAGAGGCCAUCCAGAUGGCGGGGAAAGACUACAAUCAUCUCUUUAAACUGCUCAUCAUUGGAGACUCCAAUGUGGGGAAAAGCAGCCUUCUCCUCCGCUUCGCAGACAAUUCCUUCUCUGGCAGCUACAUCACCACCAUCGGCGUGGACUUUAAGAUCCGAACGGUCGACAUCGACGGAGAGCGGGUGAAGCUGCAGAUCUGGGACACGGCGGGUCAGGAGAGAUUCAGGACCAUCACGUCAACGUACUACAGGAACACCCACGGGGUCAUUAUUGUUUACGACGUGACAAAUCCAGAGUCAUUUGUGAAUGUUAAGAGGUGGUUAAAUGAAAUCUCCCAGAACUGUGACAACGUCUGCAAGAUCCUGGUGGGAAACAAGAACGACGACCCCGCCAGGAAACAGGUGGAUACCCAGGAUGCAGUGCGUUUUGGGGAGUCGGUGGGUGUUCGAGUCUUUGAGACGAGUGCCAAAGAGAACAUCAACGUAGAGGAGAUGUUCAUGGCCUUCACCCACAUGGUGCUCCGGGCCAAGAAGCAGAGCCAGAACCGAGCGGAGAGGGAGCGAGAGCGGGAGAAGGACACGGUCAACAUCAACGCCCAGAGAGACCGAGACCGCAGGAAGAGAGGGAAGAAAUGCUGCUGAGACACAGACGCCGCCGCUCAUCGCUUCACUGGACAAAGAUUGGGAAAACUGUGCCUUAGGAGAUAAGUGUGUGUUUCAAACUGAACGUGCGGUUCACUCUUUACUAUGCCAAGUUACAACACAGCAGACUGCAGGCUGUACUGCAGGGUGUUAGAGUAACUGAGGGAUUCAGUCUGUCUGCACUGACUUCAUGUAGCAGCCUGGAGGACGCCGCAGUUAAAGGACCAGUCUGAUGCUUUCAGGGGUUUUUGUGUCAAAUAUAAAAGCAGGCUGUAGUGUUGGUGUUUAGAGUGGGUUUAUCCAUCCUCUGCACCGGAUGAUUUAACGCUCCGUUAGUCUGCUGACUGCUGAUCACUUGUUUUGUUUGACAUUUCCAAUUUAAGAAAAGACAAAUCUUCACUAAUCAGAAGCUUCAGUUCUAAAACGACACACGACACCUGAACUCAUCACAGAGCAUCAGGUGAAAAGUCAGAGCUGAUGAGCUGACUGAUUUUCAUCCUGCAGUGAAACAGGUUGGUUCACUGACUGAUCAGAAACACCACAGUCUGCUUCGAGACGUGAUGUGAGGCGUUCACUGUAACUGUGGUAACUAGCUAACAGGUGGAGAAACAUUGGUCUGGUCCUUUGACUGUGCUCUGGUGACCCACUGGUUUGUGCCUGUGUCUUUUUGUCUUAAUACAGAACAAGUAUUUUACCACUGAAAGGGAACUGGUUAUAGUUUGUUACUAAACCGUAACCGUGACACACUAACAGGUGUGACGAGUGCAGUCUGUUUGCUUUACUUCAUCCAGCUGAGGUCAGUAACCUCCGACUACAGUCUGUGUAACCUCCACAAAGACGAGCCCAAAAUGUUCGAGUCAGUAUCUUGUUUUUUUUAAUGUAAAUCUCUGUUGCCUAGCGAACGUGUCCAAAUCAAAUAAAGCAAUAAAUCCUGAA